GCCCAACUGUACGCUUGCGCGAUACGAGGUGGCGGGUCGAUGAGGCACUCGGUGCAGAUCUUGGAAGCAGUGGAUGUCUUUUGUUUCGUUAAACGAGAUUUGUUUUAAGAAAAUACAGCGUCGUACUAAUUUAUUCAUAGCAAAUUAGGUCAUUUCUGUAGACUAGUUAUUUCCGUAGACCGUCUUGUACAUUAAAGAUAAUUAUAAUUUUUGUAUUUGAAUGGUUGCUAAUACCACAAGUUAACUGUUUUCACUGUUAAACACAAACAGUUGUUUUAUUUUUCUAGCUAGCUAGAGCUCCUGACCGUGUUUGUGAACCAAUUCAACAUGGAGGAGUAGAAGCGGGUUGCUAACCCACCAAGCACGACACCAGAGAUUGCAUUAACGCGAUUACACCUCAUCAAACCAGCCAGUUGAAUAAGUUUCGAGUGUUAAGCUACGUGCAACGUUGGUUCAUUACUCGUUAUACAGCCUCUUCUGGAGUGAGGCGUGUGCGAAUGGUGGUAUCUUUAUGCUCAUAUCAUGUAGCCUACAAGAAAUGCCCGUCUUCCAACAGGAUGUUUGGGCUAUCCAUUAACCGUGAGUGGAACCCGCUGGUUCCAUUGACUCUGCCCAGCCAAGAAUGAGCCAGUCUUCAGAACCCCCUAAUGAUGCUCCCACUGUUACAGAAGCCCCCCAGUCAGACACCAAGCUGGCAGCGACCACAGGGAAAAAGCAGAACAAGAAGAAGGUGGAGGAGGUGGUAGAGGAAGAGGAGGAGGAAUAUGUGGUGGAGAAGGUUCUGGAUCGACGAGUGGUGAAGGGCAAGGUGGAAUUCCUUCUCAAGUGGAAGGGUUUCUCAGACGAGGACAACACGUGGGAGCCAGAGGACAACUUGGACUGCCCAGACCUGAUUGCGGAGUUCCUGCAGUCCCAGAAGAGUGCUCACGAGCCCGGCGGCAAGAGGAAGGCCGACUCGGACACAGAGGGAGCAGUGGCCGGAGAGGAGAGCCGACCCAAGAAAAGGAAAGACGAGCCAGAGAAGCUCCGUGGGUUUGCUCGAGGUCUGGACCCAGAACGCAUCAUUGGGGCGACCGAUUCCAGUGGAGAACUGAUGUUUCUCAUGAAAUGGAAGAAUUCAGAUGAGGCGGACCUGGUACCGGCCAAGGAGGCCAACGUGAAGUGUCCUCAAGUGGUCAUCUCCUUCUAUGAGGAGCGGCUGACAUGGCACUCGUACCCAACUGAAGAAGAGGAGAAGAAGGACGACAAGAACUAGGCGAGGGAUGGGGGGUGGGCUGGGGUGGGGUGGGGUGGGGUGGGGGGUGGUAGGCAAAGGGUCACAGAUGACCAUUUAUUUCUGUAUUUUACCAUUUUGCUUUCUGGUGUUCCAACCAGUUGCUGGACUUUAGAGGUGAGCUUCCCAGCACAGAGGCAGAGGAGCAGUGGGUGGGGGCAGCUCACUGGAGCCAGUAAUAUGGAAAAACUCAGGCCACCAGCUGCAGCUGAGCUGGCAAGGGAGGGGAAAUGCAGUAUCCCUUUUCUAUCUUGGGUAUCAAGCUGAGGCCAGGAGCCGUGGCUUCUUGUGUUUGGGUAGCUACACUACUGUGGCCCUGGAGAGCCACAGCCAGUGCAGGUUUGGAGUUGCUUUUCUGAUCAGCACUGAUGGUAACAGACAAUAUACUGCUAUUCUACAGUUAAUCCUCAAAAUACAUAACAAAAAUCACUGUGUGACUGGCCCUCUAAGUUCAGUAGUUUCAUGAGUGAUCUAUUAAUCGAAUAGUUGGUCUUAUGAGAAUACUUAGUAAAAACAUAAGCCAGUUAAUUUCUCCAAAUGUUCGUACGUUUGUAGCAGAUAUUUACCAGAAUACUUCACUAUCAUUUUGCAGUUUGCUGAAUGAAUUGAAUGAAUGUAAUUGGUUAUUAGGUAAUGCAAGCAUAGUUAGCAAAUUGAACUAGGUUGGUACAAAUAAAACCGUACUGCCUUGCUAAUGUCAAAGGCAAAGGAAGAAAGACAAAUACUCAAAGGAAUUUCUCUAAAUAAGAGUUUUAAGUUCUCUUUGAUUUAAUUGAUAGACAUUUGAAAUGUUCUCCAUUAUGCCUUUAUUUGAUCAAUGUCAUGGCAUAAACUUGGGAAUAAUUAAACAAAUUAUGACAAACUAAUAUUAGUUUAUGAAGCUCACAAUGGUAAGUAUUAUGACGAACAAACCAUAUGGGAUAAGCUGGUUGUAAUAUUCGCAUAAUGUAUGGUUACGAGUGCUUGUAAUGCAUCGUGUAGAUUUAAGAUAUUAUGAAUGCUGCAUAAGUCGCCAAGUGUUACAAAUGUACUAAAGAAAGGGUGGAAAAUAUGUACUUCUCUUGUACAUUUUACGCAAUGAUUAUGUUAUUUUUGCAGGAUUAGGCAGCGGGUCCCCUGACUGGGUUUGAAUAAUUCUAGCUUAGUUUAUCCAGAAUUAAAAAGUCAAUUUUGGGAACAUGGCUUAACUUCAGAGUUCCAUUGGCUACAGAGAAAGCUUAAUCUGUGUCUUUUAAGUAUGUAAGAAAGAUUACAUUCUCUCAGCAAAGACUUGACAAUCUGUAAUAAACAUUUGGCUGUCUUUAUUGUGAAUAUUUCCAAGGAGAAUAUAGUUUUCACAGAAACAAAUCCACAGAAACAAGAGUAUAUUCUUGGAAAAUACACAUUUUCCUUACACUUUCAAGUAUAGAAAAAGUGUGUGACUUAGUUUUGUAAGAAUUUACGGCCGCAGAACUGACCACCCAUUACCCUAUACACAAACAGUUGAACUACAGCUGUCAUCUUUUACGUAAUUGUUUGAUAAAUGGAGACAGGGUUGUGAAUAGCUGAAUGCAGUGCAGCUUAAUAUUGCAGUAUUGAGUUGGUAUGUGUGUGUGGCUGGGACCUCUUCCCCCGCACAGGGAAGAGGGUGUUGUGGGUUUUGGUCUAACUACCCUCAGCAACAAAAGAAGUGAGAUCAUGGUACAGCAGCCAAUGGGAGCAUGCCGAUUCCAAAAGUUCUUUCUCUUCACCUUGUCCCACAUCUACCUACUCCAUGAGGAGUUUUUUUGUUUGUUUUUUCUCCCCUCUUUGAAUUUCUUUUUUUUAUUUUUUAACAAUGUGUAAAAUUGUUUGACCACUUCCUGCCAUGUCAUUAUUGUAUAAUGUGUAUAAAGACUUUUUCUUAUUUUUGACAAAAAAUGACUAUUUUAAAAUUAUGCAUGGGACAUUUUUAAUGAAAGCACAGCAAAAGAAGAGGCCCGUACAGCUUAGGUCCUUGUGGGUGUAUAUAUGGGUGUAUGCUGUCUGUUUUUCUUUUAGGUGCGUGUACAGUAAAGAAUGAUGAUUCAGCUUGAGAGAAGCAGUCCCACCAGAUAAACAUUAUAUUGGUGUGAUAAAUACUUUUUAUUAUUUUUUUAAACAGUUGCAUUUUAUUUGGAUAAAAUACAAGCACUUUCCAUAAUGCAAGAACCAACUCAAUUUGAACAAUUUCUGUUCUGUCUUCAAGUAUUCAGACUGGGGUAACAUAGAUUAAUUGAUUCUGUUUCAUACAUAGCUUUGGGAAAUAAACAAUGCACGUUCCUCUGUAAAUAUACUUAUGCCUUUGUAUAAACCAGUUGCUCCAACUUGCUGUUUAUCAUUUAACCCCUGAAGGUGUAUGAUCACAAAUUUGUGAUUAGAAUGUUCUUAUAGGUCCUUUAUCUAAACAUUCUAAUGUUGAUAUAACAAUCCCUACUGGUAAUUGAAGCAAUGGAGUUUGAAUGCUAACUUGAAAAAACAUUCCAAUCAACUUCCUCUUCAAAGGGUUAAUUACUAAUCUGUGCAUUGAUUACUGGUAAGUGCAUUUUUAUAAAAUGCUGUAGUUACCAUGCAUGUCGCGCGUUUGUAUGCAGACCUCACGUGCUGGCUCUUUUCUCCCCUGAUAUUUACACCGACAUGUGAUAGGAGUCCCAGAGGUGCAGAAAGUUAACUUGUAUUAGUAAUGACAGAAAAUUUUUCAAUUCAGAUUUUAAUAAUUGAAAAUUUAAUGCAAUGAAAAGUAGGCUAAAACUGAAUUAAUGUGGCUGAUUAUGCAUGAUCAAAAUGAAAUAUUCAUUCCACUGCCCGGUCAUUUCCCAGUGGCCAAUUCUGAGAUUUGUACCUUGUCUCUCUUUCUGUCUCUCACACACACAUGCACGCAUGGUUCCCACAGUCCUUGAAAAUGCUGACAACUGUCUUUUGAAAAGUGUAAAGUGAAAAGUGUAAGACAUUUCCCAUAUUUAAAAAGGGAGCAUCCUACUUGCUAGUAGGACCACGUCACUUACAAUCACAUCUUGCAAUAUCACUGAUGGUACUAUAAAAUAAAACACGUUUGUAUAUUGAUUCCAUGACUGUAGGUAAAAACUAUUUUUGAAGCAGUAUCCCAAAAUACAGUAGCCUAAAUAGCAGCCUUAGGGCUCAACGUAAUCCUGACAAAUUCUUCAUACGUGGGUUAUCCUGAAAUUGAAAUUGGUAAAUUUGAGUUGGAACCCCUGCACGUAAUCUUGAGCAUUCUCACCAGAGGCCUAGUAUUUUCAUAAAAAUUAGAGAACAGUUGAGUAUUAAGAAAGGCGUAUUGCAAUUACUAAUGUGCUGAAGGCCUUUCCAGAACAGAGAAGUGGUCAAUGCAUGAGUGCUUGCCCCAGCUUAGAUGUCUCAUGUCUCUACUCAGUUCUGAUCAAUGGGACACUGGUCCUGUUUUUAAGGGGUUACUUUAACUUGGAUCCAAGAGAAAAGGGAUACUUCAUGUCUUAUUCCCAGAUCUUGUGUUCAUUUCCUUAAACAUGUUAACGAUUUAAAGCAGAAUUCUCAUGUUAAGUUUUCUGUUUUGCUGUACUUGUUUGACAUGCAAAACAAUGUAAGGUUGAUCUUUGUUCAUUUCUAAUGGGUUUUGUCAAUGGAUAAGAUAAAAACACUGAGGCACAGAAACGUUUUAAUAACUUUUUUAGAAUAUGUAUUAUAUAUAUAUGUUCUUUUGCAUGCAAGUCUGCUACAUUAUCAUUUGAGUGUUUUAGCAAGUGGUGACCUGUGUCCGUGUUUUUGGACAAAUAAACCCCUCUGUUUGGUAUA